AUGACAUUAGCGGCGGCAGUGGCUGGGCAACGUUGUCAAAGUUCUGCAAUGAGUAUUUCGAAAAAAAACAUCCCACCUUCCUCAACUGAUACCGAUUACAGUCCUAGCAUACAUGUCGGUCUAUUCAAGCUUGGUGGCGGCACGAUAGCUCUCUAUAAGAGUCUUGACGUGCGUAUUGAGCUGAGGCGGGUUACAUUUUUGACGCACUAUUUAAGCUACGCCAUUGCACCUCACGGUUUGAGGCACCUUCACCAGUUCAGAGCUGUGUCACUACCCUAA